GUUAAAUAUUUAAUUUUAAACAUUGAUUAUAAUUACUAUUACUACUAGUAUUCAUAAUAUACUAUUUCUAAGUAUAAAAUAUUGUUAUUAUUCCAGUGCCAUUAAGUAUGUCAUAUUCAAAUCAAGAAAAUAUUAAAAAUGAACGUUUUGCACAGGAAAAAGAACGCGAUAAUAAAAAAUUAGAUGAUUCUAGUUGUAUAAUUAAUAGUUCGAAGUACAGAGAAGGUGAACAUGUGCCUGGAGCAGGUCCAUGUGAGGAAUGUAUUUGUCAUCCACCAAAUGUUGUAUGUUCAAUGACAAAAUGUCCAGUAAACAGUGGCUGUAUUACAAUUCAACUACCGAACAAAUGUUGUCCAAAGUACAAAUGCGGUAAUAAUAUAUCUUAUUUAUCUCUUGAAAUGUCAACAAUUGAAAUAUGUACCAAUACAAGAAUGAAAAUAUAAUAAUACGUUUUUUUUUAUUAUUAUUAAUUUAUUAGAUUGUGAACAUAAAGGAAAACUUUAUAAUAAUGGUGAAAAAAUUAAUAAAUCUGACGAAUCUGCGUGUAGAGUUUGUUUUUGCAACGGUGGAGAAAUAGUAUGUACUUCUAUUGUAUGUUACACUCGAAACGACUGUCAAGGAUAUUAUUUGCCAGGAGAUUGUUGUCCAAAAUAUGACAAUUGCACAUCAACUUCAUCAAUAGGUAGAUAGCGGAGUAGAUAGUAUAAACAAGCACUAAUUUGAAUAAUUGUAUAAAAAUAAAAUUUGUGUUUUAUUUAUUUAUUUUGUGUAGAACAAAAACCAAGAGAUUCAAUGGAUUAUGAAAAAUCGAGUAGAAGAAAUUACUGGCCACAUAGUACGGAACAAAAUUUCAAUGUAGACAGUAUUUGGAAAAGGGAUACGACAAAAACUCAGCAACGAGAAUUACCUACAGUUCCAGAUGUUAUAACGAUACCAUCAAUAUUUGUUGAAACUGAAGAAGUACCCAGAGAAACAAAUAGAUCAUUACCAGACGACUUAUUAGAAGGAUUGGACGAUUCAACUUCAGAUUCAAUAUCGGAGAAAAAUAUCACUCAAAACGAACCAGAUAAUGAACUCAAUACUCCACAUAAUUUAGUUACUGAUUUAAAACAUGAGAAUUUGAAUACUGUCGAAGAUUCAAUAACUUCAUUUUUAGGAUUUGAUACUGAAAAUUCAACAAACGAACAAACCACAGACACUAGUUUAAUGAUAAACACUGAAAGUUCAGAAACAUCACCAGAAUUUGAAGAAUUGUUUGACACAACAGAUAUUGAUAGCUCUGUAAUAAUUACAAAUCAAAAUGGUACAGAAAUUAUUACAGCCAUAACAGAAACACCAUUUAUUAAAGAAAUUAUUAAUUCGUCGACUGAAAUGACAACUAGUACACAGGUUGAAAUUUUUGAUCCGAGUGACUUAAUAUUGGAUUCAAAAAGGCCAAUGUUUGAAGAAUUUUCUACAAUUACCCCGGAAAUUGACCCUAUAACAGAAAUAGAUUAUGAUGAAUCGAGAGAAGCAACUACACCAAGACCAAAUGACAAAACAACAGUGGGUACACCUCAUAAAUUAGUUAUGGAAAGUUCACAAGGAACAAUUGAUGAUGAUAUUAGUACAGAAAAUGCAUUCACAGACUUAGAAGAUACAACAGACAUGUUUGGACCUAACUUUGGUCAUCGUUCGUAUAAAACAGAGACAUAUCAAAUUUUAACCAAUAUGCAUAAAUCCAGUCAACAAACUAAAGGACUAGAUUAUGUGACAUCGUUAUUACCUACCACGGACAAGAAUUUUGAGAAAAAAAAUUUAAUAACUACUAAACCUCCUCAAAACAAAUUACUUGAUCAAUCGUCAACCAAAUCAAACAUCGAAAAUAAAAUUAGUACAGUAAACACAGAAUUUGAUUCAGAUAAUAUUUCUGUUGUAACAAACAAAGGAAAUGGAAAUAAUACAACUAAUGAUACAUAUUUUCUGGAAUUAGAAACAACAAAUGUAACGGUGUGUGUGAAUGAUAUUUGUACUGAAAGUUCAAAAUUAAACGAAGAAUUAUUCGAUCCUCAGACAGAGUCAACAACUCCUUUUAUCAUAGAAACUAAAGUGUUAUCUAAUCAAGAACCACCACCAGCUACUAAAAGAAUAAAAUACCCUAAAGAAUAUCCUGCAGAAUUUGAAACGAUUCAAAAUGGGCCGUCAGUAACUAUAACAAAAAGAACAUAUACAAGCAUUCCAGAUAUAGUCUAUACAACAACAACAAUGAUAACAUUACCGACCUUAGAUUUAAUUUACAAAGCCAACAAAGAUAUAGACAAGUAUGUAAAUGAAAUGCAAAUGACAACUACAAAUAAACCUAAAACUAAUAGUAAUUUAAGUCCGCUACGAAAUUUAUCCUCGAUACAAUUUAUUUGAAAGUCAAAACAUUACAUAUUCAUGCAUUUUGUGACACUAAAGGCUAAUUAAAAAAAAAAAAAAAUCCUUAUUAUAAACAUUAGAGUAAGUAUGAAGUAAGUACCUAUGUUGUCUUAGUAUACAUUUGUGUAAUUUGUGUAUAGUGCAUACUCUUAAUUUAGAAUUUAAAUUUUUGUAUUUUGAUUAAAAAUAUGAAUAUUACCUAAAUUUAUAAUAUACAACAAAUAACAAUGUGAUAUAAAUAAAUAUGAAAUAAACUUAUCGAAUUUGUAAAUAGAUUACAAUAACUCAAGUAUACAACAAAACUACAACAUUGAUUACAACAACUGACAUCUCCGUAUUCAGAUUAGUGUCAAUCUAGUAAUAUCGGUGUAAUAAUAUUUUACUUCAUGUAUUACUAAAUGUAAUUAAAACUAUGAUUACAAUAUCACUUUAAUAAAAAAUAUCAUUAAUAUAAUUUUAUUUUUAAAUACCUACUAAAAUGCUGGGUAUAGUAAAAAAAAGAAACCAAAUCUUAGAAAAACUCAAGAUUUUUUUUUCAAUAUACAUAGGUGUGAAAAAUUUUAAAUAAAAUAUUAAUUAUUGAAAAAUAAAAAUAUAAUAUCCUACAUAGUUUCUUUCAAUUUUCUUUUUCAAAUCAAAUAGUAAAAAAUUAUAUUAAACAUAAAAUAGGCACCUACUACUUAUCCAUCUAAAUACUUAAUCAUUUUAGAAAUAGAACAUUUAGACACUUCUUUUUUAAAAUGUUUCAAUUAUGAAACUAGUAAAAUAAAAAACUAAUUGUAAAUAUUAUUUACACCGCUUA